AUGGCAGCCACGCCUGCACUCUGUGCUGCUCUCCGAUCUCCACUCUCUUCCCGGAGUUUCUCUCCGAUUCGCAAAACCAACACUCCUUUUAAGAUCAAUGUCGUCCCUUCACCGUCGUCCACAUUUACAUUGCCACGGCUGUUCCGUUCCGUCUCUAUCGGCGGCAGGCAUUUCAGUUCUUCUCCGGCUGCGAAGCAGCAGGUUGAUACUGAAGAGAUUGGAUUCGAUCAACCGCCGUCGCAGGAGCUCGCGAUAGCGUCGGCGUGUUUAGUUGGUGUUCUCACCGGAAUCAGUGUGGUUCUAUUCAACAAUUGCGUUCACUUGCUCCGAGACUUCUCCUGGGAUGGGAUUCCCGAUCGUGGAGCUUCCUGGCUCAGAGAAGCACCGAUCGGGUCCAUUUGGCUGCGCGUCAUCCUUGUUCCGACUAUCGGCGGUUUGCUUGUCAGCAUCCUUAACGAGCUUCGUGAAGCCGCCGCAGAUUCCGCUACAGCUGAUUCCGGUCUCGAUCGCUUGAAGGCGGUGCUGCGUCCUUUCCUUAAAGCUGCUGCUGCAUGUGUGACGCUUGGGACCGGAAAUUCGCUGGGGCCGGAAGGUCCUAGCGUUGAAAUUGGAGCGUCGAUUGCUAAAGGAGUGAAUUCUCUGUUCAAUAAAAGUCCUCAAACUGGGCUCUCACUUAUUGCCGCUGGCUCAGCCUCUGGAAUCUCCUCUGGGUUCAAUGCAGCUGUUGCUGGAUGCUUCUUUGCAGUAGAAUCCGUUUUGUGGCCUUCGUCAAGUGAUUCAUCAACAUCGCUUCCAAACACAACUUCAAUAGUCAUUCUUAGUGCUGUGACUGCUUCCGUGGUGUCAGAGAUCGGCCUGGGCUCUGAACCUGCGUUUAAGGUCCCUGACUACGACUUCCGCUCUCCUGGAGAACUUCCACUCUAUCUUUUACUGGGCGCUUUGUGUGGAUUGGUCUCGUUGGCAUUGUCUCGAUGUACAUCAUACAUGACAUCUGCUGUUGACAGUCUUAACAAGGAUUCCGGGAUACCAAAGGCUGUAUUUCCUGUGAUGGGUGGCUUAACUGUUGGCAUCAUAGCUUUGGUAUACCCUGAAGUCUUGUAUUGGGGUUUUGAGAACGUUGAUAUUCUGUUGGAGUCUCGUCCGUUUGUGAAGGGUCUUUCAGCUGAUCUCUUGCUUCAGCUGGUAGCGGUCAAGAUUGCUGCAACCGCGUUGUGUCGUGCUUCUGGACUGGUCGGUGGAUACUAUGCUCCUUCUCUCUUUAUCGGUGGAGCAGCAGGAAUGGCCUAUGGAAAGUUUAUUGGACUUGCUUUGGCUCAGAAUCCUGAAAUCCAUCUCUCUAUCUUGGAAGUGGCAUCGCCACAAGCUUAUGGUCUGGUUGGAAUGGCUGCUACACUUGCGGGGGUUUGUCAAGUUCCUCUUACAUCGGUGCUACUGUUAUUUGAACUUACACAGGACUAUCGUAUAGUGUUACCUCUACUGGGAGCUGUAGGGAUGUCCUCAUGGAUUACAUCUGGACAAUCGAAGAGACAAGAAACUAGGAAAAGAAAGAGCCAAGAAGCUGUGCAGGCUAUGAAGCCUUCUGAUGAUGGAUCGUCAACGAAUAACCUCUGUGAAGUUGAAAGUUCUCUAUGCAUUGAUGAUGAUUCAAAUUUCCAAGUUGAGGAGCUGCCGAAGAGUAUCUUUGUUGCAGAAGCUAUGCGAACGAGAUUUGCCACAGUUAUGAUGAGUACUUCUCUGGAAGAGGCAAUUACUCGUAUGCUGGUCGAGAAACAAUCAUGUGCGUUGAUUGUUGAUCCUGACAAUAUCUUUCUCGGUCUACUUACACUUUCAGACAUUCUGGAAUUCAGUAAAGCGAGAAAAGAAGGAAACAAAGGACCCAAGGAGUUUUUUGUUGAUGAACUAUGUUCGAUGAGCGGAGGAGGAUGUAAAGUGCCGUGGACUGUUACACCUGAUAUGGACCUUCUCGCUGCCCAAACAAUUAUGAACAAGCAUGACCUUUCUCAUGUUCCAGUCGUCUCAGGCGGCAUUGGUUCUCCCAGAAUACACCCUGUUGGGGUCCUAGAUAGAGAAUGUAUCACUAUAACACGCAGAGCUCUAGCAACCAGAAUGUUCCUCUACUGA